CCUGCUUUGGGGUUACUAUGCCACAGCAACUCAUGACUAUGACAUUAAGUGGACGAUGCCCCACUGUGUCCUUACACUGAAGCUGAUCGGUCUUGCAUUUGAUUAUUAUGAUGGUGGGAAAGCCAAGAGCUCACUCACAGCAGAGCAGCAGAUCUAUGCAGUGAAGAGUGUUCCAUCAUUGCUUGAAGUUUGUGGCUUUAGCUAUUACUAUGGGGGAUUCCUGGUGGGGCCACAGUUCUCAAUGUGUAACUACCAGAAGCUUGUGAGGGGGGAGAUGACUGAUACUGAGGGACAGCGACCGAACAGUAUUGUGCCGGCUAUGAAGCGACUCUGCCUUGGACUCUGCACUAUGGUCAUUUACACCGUGCUGCAGCCGUACCUUCCUGAUAACUACUUCCUGACUGAGGAGUACUUGAGCCAGCCUUUUUGGUACCGCUGUGUGUACAUCACAAUUUGGGGCAAAGUGAUGCUGUACAAAUAUGUCACAUGCUGGCUGGUGACGGAGGGUGUCUGCAUCCUGAGCGGCCUGGGAUAUAACGGUAAAGACGAGAAGGGACAUGUGCGUUGGGACGCCUGUGCCAAUAUGAAGGUCUGGCAGUUUGAGACCACACCGCUCUUUACUGGCACCAUAGCCAGUUUUAAUACCAACACCAAUGACUGGGUGGCCAGAUAUGUAUUUAAGCGCCUCCGUUUCCUGGGCAACAAAUUUGUGUCUCAAGCCUCCGCUCUCUUCUUUCUCGCCAUCUGGCACGGGCUGCACUCAGGAUACCUCGUCUGCUUCUCCCUCGAGUUCCUCAUUGUCAUUGUGGAGAGACGG